UUGGCGAGGCGCGUUCAUGAGACGUGCUCGUGAGGAGGAGGAAAGUUUUGCAGAAGAAAAGAAAAAAGUUCCUGAAGACUUCAAUCUUUUUUCUGUAACAUGUUGACGCAGGACAGCAGGCUGCAUUAAAUAAUGGCGGCGUGUCGUAGGGGUGUCGUGGUGAUGGUCUUCUUGCUCUGGGUGGGACUUCACACACACGUGCAUGCCUGCGAGUGCGUGGGUCCAUGGCUGAGGGAAGAGGAGGCGGGGCUUCUGGCGUCUCCAUGCUACCCCCAGCAGUACCCCAACUCUCAGAGUUGCAGGUGGCGUCUACAGGCCCCUCCAGGCUUUGUGGUUCAACUGACCUUUGUGGACUUCCAGCUGGAGGAAGCGCCUGGUUGCGUGUACGACCGCGUGGCCGUGCACGGCGGGGGCGGCCGCGUGGACCUGUGCGGCCUGACCGCGCACGGCCUCACGCUAAAUUCCAGUGGGAACGUCAUGGACGUGGAGUUCACUUCAGACUUCAGCGUGCAGAAAAAGGGCUUCAGGGCCAAUUUCCGCCAUGUCGCCGUGGCACUGAGAAACCUAAAGGUCAGUGUCGCCGGUGGCAACGGCCAAUUUGCCGCAGUGUCGUCUUCUGUUGCCAUGCCGACACUGCACCACCUGACUCUCUGCUUUGACCUGGAGCGCAGCGCACACCAGCAGGUGGAGUGGAUAUUCACUUAUAAAGGCGAGGAUGGCAACACGACAUUAGCGCUGGGCGGCAACCAGAGUGGUGUGAAGCUGGUGGUGGGCGGCGUGACCUGCUUGCUGGACUCCAUCAUGACGCCAGCCGACUGGAGCGUGUCCAUGAAGAACUUGUGUCUCCUCUGGUCGUCAUCCAACGGCCGCGUGGGCAUCUUCUUGGAGGGCAACCAUAGGGUCAAGACGUGCUCCGCUUCCACUGGGAUUUCUGUGGCGGGGGGCGGGACCUUCCGCCUGGGAGGGGUGCACAGCUUUGAGGGGAACGUGUACAACAUGCGUUUGUGGGACUACGCCAUGACGGUGCAGCAGCUCAGCGCGCUCACAUGCCACGUGGCGGGAAACAUCAUCGACUGGGACAACACUUUCUGGGACAUUCCGUCCACGCUGACCCAGAAGGACCACUCGCUCAGCUGCAGUGUCUCAUCGCCUAGCAACACCACCCUCAACACUUUGUGUGACUCCAUCCGCCUGGGAUGUCCAGCCACCAGCUCGUCCACUGCCUCCACUAACAGCAUCCAUGCUACUAAUGUCACCGAGGUCGUCUUCUACAAGCUGUCUUUAGUGGUGCAUGAUGAGAGCUCCACGCUCACUCAGGCUGAUGUAGAAGAAGUCGUGUCCUCCUGGCUGAACCAGACCUUCCAGAACUGGACUCACUUGGUCUUUGUAGACUCAGUCAGUGUGCAGUCGGUGCUUGUGCCUGGAGGUCACUCAAGCUUCACCUGCCGCGCUCUGCUGCUUCACAAUGACAUCACUGAUCAGAGCCCCGGCCCAGACGCCCUGUCCGCCAGAAUUUCCAGCAGGCACGCUCGCAUCGGCGCCGGCCUGGUGGUCCACAACACCUCCAUUCAGGUCACGGCCGUUGACACGUGUCCAGAGGACAACACUGUCCACUACCGCUGGCCUGAGACUCGUCCCAGCAUCACUCGCUUGCUGCCAUGCUUCCCCAACAAAGAGCGUAGCGCCGCCAGGAAGUGUUUGAUGGACCGCCACAACUUCUCAUCCUUCUGGUCGCCCACUGACUUUCACAACUGCACCGACAUCGACGCGAUCCAGGUUUCAGCAGAGAAUGCGGCCGAGGUGGCUGUGCAACUGGCCGCCAUCGCAAACAACCAGCUGUCCAAAGAGGAAGUUUCCAAAGUAGUCAGCAAGGUCAAGCAGCUGGUCCAUGUGGCCAAGAUCAACACCACUUUGGCGUCUGCCGUCAUAACCGUCAUCUCCAACGUCAUGAGCAGCCCCCACAGCGCCCUGGCUCCCACCUCCGACAGGGCCCUGAAGGCGGUGGAUCAGCUUCUUGACAAAUUGGAGUUCGAGGGUUCGUCAGUGAGCAUCACAUCCAGACGUCUGUCUUUGGGCGUACUGGCCUUCAACGCAUCCACCUUCAAUGGGACAUCGUUCAGCGCCUUCAUCCCGCCAAACGCCACCGACCCAGAGAUUGACUUUGAAUCGGACCGGACUGAUCCACUAGCUCAAGUCACGCUGCCGGCGUCGCUGCUGACCGGUGCGUCCUUCGGCGAGGCCCGCAUUAACUUUUUGUUCUUUCGCAGUACCAACCUCUUCCAGAGCGAGCAGGACGAACGUGCACUCAACAGUUACGUGGUGGCCAGCAGCGUGGGAAACUGGAGCGUCAGCGACUUGAGCGACCCCGUCCAGAUCGAGAUGGUUCACCUGUCGCCACAAGCUUUCCACAAUCCUGUCUGCGUGUUCUGGGACUUCAGCAUGAACGGUGGCGCCGGAGGCUGGAACGCGGAUGGCUGCAGAGUGUCCAAAGAAGCUUCCAGCACCAACAGAACAGUUUGUUUGUGCGACCACCUGACGCACUUUGGAAUCCUGAUGGACAUUUCGGGUGUGUCGCCUCACAUCGACCGGCGCAACAACCGCAUCCUCACCUUCAUCUCCUUCGUCGGCUGCGGCGUAUCUGCCAUCUUCUCGGCUGCCACGCUGCUCACCUAUGUCGCUUUCGAGAAGCUGCGGCGAGACUACCCGUCCAAGAUCCUGAUGAACCUGAGCGCGUCUCUUCUCCUGCUCAACAUGGCGUUCCUGCUCAACGGAUGGUUGUCGGGGCAACGGAGCGAGGCACUGUGCUUGGCCGCCGCCGUACUGCUGCACUACUUCCUGCUUACGUCGUUCACCUGGAUGGGCCUGGAGUCGGUGCACAUGUACAUCGCCCUGGUCAAGGUGUUCAACACAUACGUGCGCAGAUACAUCCUCAAGUUCUGCCUGCUGGGCUGGGGCAUUCCCGCUGUGCUAGUCGGGACGGUGGUGGCUGUAAAUAAGCGCUCAUACGGCCCGCAGGAGUACGGCGGUGGCGAGUUUGGCGAUGGAUCAUCUGAAUUCUGCUGGAUCCAAAGUCCACUGGUGUUCUACACGGCAUGCGUGGCCUACUUCUGCCUCGUCUUCCUGCUCAACGUCGCCAUGUUUGUUGUGGUCAUGCUGCAGAUCUGCGGACGCAAUGGCAAACGCAGCAACCGCACGCUAAGAGAGGAGGUGGUGCGGAACCUGCGCAGCGUGGUCAGCCUGACUUUCCUGCUCGGGAUGACCUGGUCCUUUGCGCUCUUUGCCUGGGGGCCCGUCAGCCUCAUCUUCGUCUACCUCUUUGCUAUCUUCAACUCGCUGCAAGGACUCUUCAUCUUCUUAUUCCACUGUGCGCUCAAGGAGAACGUGCAGAAGCAAUGGAGACGCUCGAUGUGCUGCGCUCGUUUCCGACUCUCUGACAACUCGGACUGGAGUAAGACGGCGACCAACAACACCAAGAAGGCCACGUCUGAGCAGGCGGUGCAGUCGUUGUCUUCAGGCUCCUUUGGCUCCAGCGCCGCCAACUGGACCUCAAAGGCUAAAGUCACACUGAAGCCUUUCACCAGAAACAACAACACAGAAAGUUGUUGGAGCCAAUAGGAGGACAGAAGGACUAGGCCAGAUAACAACCCCUGGACCAGCCCCUCCUCCUCAGAGGCGGAGCCAAAUAUCCUUCCUGAUGAUGAUUGACCAGGUCAAAGUUUACAACUUUAGUAGACCAGCGCCUGCUCGUAAACCUCUUUAGGGAAGACAUGGAGGCUUCUGGAACAUUCCCCAAAACAAUGUGGACAUCAUGACAUCAAAGAGGACAGAAGGAAGAAACUCUGAUGUCCACUGCCUGAUGUCCAUAACUCGUGGGCUUUUGACCUCUGACGUCCUGUAAAGCGUGCCCAGUGCACAUGACGUUUGACACAUCGACGAGUGCAGAAUGACAGCUGUCGUUUCCAAGACAACCAUAGAGCGUGGCCAGGACCAUGCGAGCGUUAGCAUUAACACUCUGUUGGCUGACCUUUGACCCCCCUCAAGCUUGUGAAGAUGAAAACUUUUUUCUUACAUUCAAUAAAUACAUAUUUUUCUUUUUAGUCUGCUCUAAACUUACCAAUACACUUUCAACCAAAACAUGAACUAAUAUUAUACAUUCUUAUAAUUAGAUAUAUAUGAUAUAUUAUCAUUACAUUCAUGGAUAAUCUUUAAAGCUGAGGACAGAAAGACCUGACAAUCAAACACAUUUGUCAAAAUGUUAAGUCAUGGUUACUAAUACAUGCUGAUGACAUCAUCGGUGUCUAACAUAAUUGACAUCUUGGCUAAAAUGGACGUUUGUGGCCAAAAACUAUUCUGCUUGCUCACGGGACUCCUCCCACUGGUCACCAUCAGUCCACAUUAAAGUAGAUCUCGUUACCACAGUCAUAUUCCACAUAGAUAAGUGUACAUAUAUAUUCAACAUACUGUAGGUAUACUGCAUGUAAACAUACCUGUAUCAGUAUACUUGUCAUAGAUAUGUAUACAGUCCGCAUAAAUAUUAU